GCACUUUGCAGCAAGGUUCACGUUCGCGUUCACCCGAUUGUCCCGAUUCGUAUUUCCUCGAAUUCCUCCUAUCUGAAGUGAGUGCCGUUCUUUUUGAAAAAACAUAAAAUCAAAAAGAAAAUUUUUAGUUACCUUUAUAUCUUGGCCUUGACCCACUACAAGUACACAGUGGAAAAUUAUUAAACUUAUCUGUUCUUGUGUAUUUAUUGCUAACAGUCCAAUUUUUACUAACAUUGUAAAUUUCCUUGAAUACUUAAUGUAAAUAUUUUUGAAUAAUCAAUACCCACUGCAGUGGUCUCCGCUGUGUGAAAAAGCUGUAGAAGGUGAAAAUAAGAUUUGAUUUUUUUCUAAAGGGGCAGUAGUAACAUCUGUGAUUAUUUUCUAAAUUGAGAACAAAAAUUCAGAAUGGCAAGUUUCACAGCUCAAGCGGCAUUGAGAGCCAAAUGGAGUUCGCUGGUGGAAGAUCACUCUAUCGAAGUUCCAGCAGAAGUUGCCAACAAAGUAACUAGUGUUGUCGGCUGGCUCAAACAGGCGUCUUUAGAAGUACGAGCAGCCGGCCGUCGAGCGGUGAAUACGUUGGCCGGUUCAAAUAUGGACAGUAUUGUUAUUCUUCAUUUCAACGAUGUCUACAAUGUAGAAUCUAGACCGAGUCCUGAACCAAUUGGAGGCGCAGCCAGAUUUUGCACAGCUAUCAAAAGUCUGCAGCAUUUAAAUCCAUUAGUAUUAUUUAGUGGAGAUGCCUUCUCACCUAGCAUGUUAAGCACUUUCACGAAAGGAGAACAAAUGGUACCAGUAUUAAAUGAAAUAGGAACACAUUGUGCAGUAUUAGGAAAUCAUGAUUUUGAUCAUGGCUUAGAAGUGUUAUCGCAAUGGGUGGGUCAAACAGAUUUUCCAUGGCUCAUGUCCAAUGUAGUAGAUAACGAAACAGGACGUCCUCUAGGCGAAGGUAGAAUAACUCAUGUAGUCCAUUGGGCAGGACGAAGAAUAGGUUUGGUGGGAUUAGUGGAAAAAGAGUGGUUGGACACUUUGGCUACUAUAAAUCCAGAAGAAGUCACUUUUUUGGAUUUCGUCGAGGCUGGACAAAAGUUGGCUGCUCAGCUAAAACAAGAGGGCUGUGAUUAUGUUAUAGCUUUAACUCACAUGCGCACACCCAACGAUAUAAAACUAGCUGAAAAUUGUGAAGAAAUCGACUUGAUAUUAGGCGGUCACGAUCACGUCUAUGAAAUCAAACUGAUAAACGGAAAAUAUAUCAUCAAAAGUGGAACGGAUUUCAGGCAAUUUAGUAAAAUUACUGUUAAUUUUGAAAAAGUUAAAAGUGGCAGCACACCUGAAGUUACUAUCGAAGAAAUGAAUGUUACAGCACAAUAUGCCGAGGAUAUAAAAUUGAAAGAAAAGUUAGAAAAAUAUACAAGUGUAGUUCAGUCAAAAAUGGAUGACGUAUUAGGCUGUUUUUCUGUGCCUUUGGAUGGUCGUUUUACUUCCAUAAGAACUUCAGAAUCGAAUUUGGGCAACUGGGUUUGUGAUGUAGUACUUGCAGCUACUGGUGCAGAUUUGGUAAUUUUAAAUUCCGGAACAUUCCGUUCGGAUCAGGUGCAUCCAGCUGGUGAUUUUACCAUGAGAGACUUGACUAACAUUAUUCCAAUGAGAGAUCCUUUAGUAGUGUUGAAAGUGAACGGUCAGCAAAUUUUAGAAACCUUAGAAAACGCAGUGUGUAUGUACCCAAAGCUGGAAGGUCGAUUUCCGCAAGUUGCCGGUAUCAGUUUCGCAUUCAAUCCAAACAAACCACCUGGAAAACGAGUAGAAGUGAGUUUCGUGCGAGUAGGAGACGAAUACAUAAAAUUAGAUCAAAACUAUAGAUUGGCCACGAAAAGUUACCUGCACAACGGCUGCGAUGGCUUUACCAUGUUAAAAAAUGCAGAGGUUCUGGUUGAUGAGGGUGAGUCUCCCGAAUUAGGCCUAGCAAUCCAAAAUCACUUCCAGGCAAUCAACAUGAGACUAGGCAAAACGAAAAAACAAUCAAAACAUCGACAAUCAUUGGUGACAUUAUCCAGGAGGCACAGCUUGGUGAAAAUGCUCGACGGUAGCGAAUUGGACGGGCCUCCUCCGUUACGUCGUGCCAGUACCAUUGACACAUCUCAUUCUCAUAAUAAUAUUAACUCGUAUCAUGGUGGCGCGGCCAAACUAACUCGCAGAGCUUCCUUGGACGAUCUCGAACAGGAAUCUUGUCAAUUAGUACCGAAAAUCGACCACAGAAUCGUUGUGGUGAAUAGCGAAGAGAAAUAUCACGAUUUGGUGUUACAACGACAGAGAUUGGAGCAAAAUUCGGUCAUAGAAGAAGUCGACGAAUAUUCUCCACAAAAUUGAUGACACAUUACGUACAAAUUCAGGGCUUUCAUUUUGUGUUAAAUAUGUAGUAAUAAAUAAGCUAAUAAUAAUAAUUAAUAUAUGCUGCAAUAAUAUAGAGACACGACGCAAUUGUUUGCAAUUUUUGAAAUUGCAAUAUGUUUAUUUUUGGAAGGGUUUAAGGCUCUGACAGUUAUAAAUAAAUGAUUGUUGUAUAUUGUAUUAUGUGUAUAAUGUGUAAUUAUGACAUUUUUCAUUUAGCUUAAACAUUUGUUUCUUUAUUUUGAAUAUUUUUUUAAAUACUUUGACUCGAGCAGAUUAAAAAUACCUUUUAUUAUUCAUGUAUCUAAGUCAAAAUUCAUUUUUGUUGUUCUAGCUCAGGAGUUAACAGUUUAACAGUUUGGUAGGUACUAAUGGUACUACUUAUAAGUUCCACAUGAUUUCAAUUAUUAUGCAU